AUGGGCGAGAGCGCGGCCAUGACGGCCAACGGCACAGAGGCGUCGACGUCUCACGCGGGAACGGGAAUCCAGAGCGUCGAAAACGUUGGCGACGCGGAUCGUACGCAGCUGCAAUCCCGCCUGCUCGGCGUGGCGUCGACGACCUUGUCAGCAUCUCACAGCUACAUCCCCGAAAUCGAGGAGUUCGCCCAACGGCUAAACGCCCGCGCCAGAAAGCCAUCAUGCCCGGGAUUUUGCUCGUUUCUGCGCCGCUUGAAAGGACACCAAGCAAUCGUGGAGGACGUCGUCAAGGGCUCGCCCCUGCUACACCCUCGUCUUCCGGAUGACGCGCUUCGACAGCUCGGGAGAAAGCUGGACAUUUGCGCCGUCAACAUUUCCCAUGGCUCGCUGCACUGGAGCCUGCUGAAACGAUGCCGCUCUCUUGUCUCCAUCAACCAGGCCUUUCACGGUUCCGACAGGAGCAUGCGAAAAAAUAAAGUGGCAAAGAUGUGCUUGACUGGACGCGAGAAAGAGGCCGCCCAUCGGACCAUGAAAGCACAGGCCAAGGUUGAAGUACAUGUCGUCGGGGGUGGUGCCGAGUGGCUUGCCAUUCUGACACUUCAGCCGGAUCGACUGGCGAGACAGAUGACGGACAGUGGAUGGGCAUGGGGUGAGCACAGUCUAGGGGAUGUUGUUGACGAGCAGGAAUGGGAGGACGUCGUGCUGGCGAAACAAGUCAAGCGGCUCAUUGCGGCGGCACGAAUGAACCGCCACGAGUACCGCAUCCCGCGACUGAGGAUAGCUUUGCCCAACAUUGGCAGGGACAACAACGACGUCAAUGUGCUCCUGGAGCAACUUGCUCGGAUCGACUCUGGGGUGGAAGUCAUGGUCGAUGACGGGGAGAGCGAUUUUUUGAAAGCACCGACCCCGGGGCUGGACGCCGCCAUUGAGAAUCUGCUGGGCCACGAAUUUGACGGACUCACAGACACGUUGAACUUGGACCACACGAUUCUCAUCGAUUUGAUCUCCGACAUUACACAUUUCCGCCUAGAGCCUGAGCCGUGGCAGGAGGAGACGACACGGGCGCAGAUAGAGGAGGAGAGGAGGCACGACGGCGCCAUGGUCAAGGCACUGUAUCCAUUCAUCGAGAACAGGACGCUGGUAUGUACCCCAGAAGCCGCCGAGCAUUUCCACCAGGUCCUCGCCACCGUUGGGACAAGCUCCGAGAAGGAAAGGGGCAAUCUUAUCGUUCCGUUUGGCAAGGCACACAGAGGCGAUUCCGAGUCCGAGUCCGAGGCCGCCAUUCGAUCGCGGUUCGAGAAACUCUCCACACAUGCCCUGCCGAGUACGGUCCAGAUUCCCAUCAAAGUCAUUGAUGAGUGCUGGACCUGGCCAGAGAUAGAACAAGCGGCCAGCGGCAGCUCGCGACUCCCGGCAAUGGCCGUCGACGUCGCCCGCCACAGCGGCUUCAAGAGCAGCAAGCUCUCCAUCUUCAUGUAUGGGUGGGCCAGUGGCAACGUCACGCUGACAUCGAACAAGGAGGUCAAGGGCAACAUCAGGACCCUGGUCGAAACGCAUCGACGCGGGGAUGACGACUACGGGCCCAGCAUCUGGCGGUUGGACGUGACGAGGAACUUGCUGGCAAAGAGCGCAUCCCCUCGUGUGGGCAAUCAUGACGAGCUCUUGUAA